AUGAAAGGGGAUUUGAUACGAGGAGCCCCAAAGUAUGGGAACAAACGGUGCUGGAUGGAGAAAGGGAAGCAAUUCACACCGUAUAGCUGGAUUUGGGACUCAAUGUCCUGCAAUCGGGAGUUGGCAUUGGCAAUGGAGCACUUGCAGGCUAUGGAGAAGUUGUACUUCUUCAACAAUACAUACAACAUCCAGCAGACUAAGAGAAUGGAAGCUGUGAGUCCACCUCCUCCUAUCACGUGCUUGAAGCUCGGUUGCCCUCUUGGAGCCUCUUUCAAGUUGAAGACUCCUGCUGGAGGUGGGUACAACAAGUAG